AUGGUGAAAUUCCUGGAUGCACAGAAAGCUGCUGGAAUCAAUCCGUACCCUCAUAAGUUCAAUGUAACGAUGACUAUAUCCGAGUUUAUAGGGACAUAUGGUGGGUUGGACAAUGGGGAAUGUCUUGAGGAUGUGUUGGUUUCUUUGGCGGGAAGGAUCAUGAGCAAGCGCCCAUCUUCAUCAAAGCUUCUCUUCUACGAUUUGUAUGGUGGUGGUGUCAAAGUCCAGGUUGUCGCUGAUACUAGGAGUUCUGAGUUGGAAGCAGCUGAAUUUUCCACACUCCAUUCUUCUGUGAAAUGUUUUGAUAUUGUUGGUGUAAUUGGAUUCCCUGGGAAAACCAAGAGAGGGAUGCUAAGUAUUUUUCCAAAGUCUUUUGUUGUUUUAUCACAUUGCCUCCGUGUAAUGCCUACACGAGACCAACCUUCAGAGAAUGUUAAUUUGAACAAGAGUCAAGUUUGGGUCCCGGGAAAUACAAGGAAUCCUGACUUGUACCUCCUGAAUGAUGAAGAAACUCGAUAUAGCAUGCGGUUCUUGGACUUAAUGUGGAAUGAUGAAGCAAGAGAAGUAUUUAAGACCCGUUCAAAGGUUAUCACAUAUAUGAGGAAGUUUCUUGACAAUCUAAAUUUUUUAGAGGUUGAAACACCCAUAAUGAAUAUGAGUCGUGGGGGUGAAGCUUCUGCAAGAUCAUUUGUGACCCAUCAUAAUGAGCUGAAUAUGAAGCUAUGCAUGCGUACUGCGCCUGACCUUUAUUUAAAGCAGCUAGUCGUUGGUGGACUAGACCGUGUCUAUGAAAUUGGAAAGCAAUUUAGCAACAAGGCUAUUGACCAGAGACAUAACCCUGAGUUCACCACUUGCAAGUUCUAUAUGGCAUAUUCAGAUUACAAUGAUCUGAUGUGUCUGACUGAAAAGAUGUUGAGUGAGAUGGUGAAGGUAUUAACUGGCAGUUUCAUUAUCAAAUGUCAUUCAAAUGACCCAGAUCAGGAGUUCAUUGAGAUUGAUUUUACCCCUCCAUUCAGGAGGAUUAAUGUGAUAGAUGAAUUAGAGAAAUUUACUCAACUAUCCAUACCACAAGAUUUAGCUAGUGAAGAAGCUAACAAAUUUUUGAUGGAUGUAUGCUCGAAAUAUGAUGUGAAAUGUCAGCCUCCACUAACAUCAGCUCGCUUGCUAGAUAAACUGGUUGUACAUUUUUUGGAGGAAACUUGUUUAAAUCCAACCUUCAUUAUGGAUUAUCCAGAAAUGAUUCAUCCUUUGGCCAAGUGCCACAGAUCAAAGUCUGGCUUGACCGAGUAUUUCAAGUUGUUUGUGAACAAAAAUGUGCUUUGCAAUGGUUGCACUGAAGCAAAUGAUCCAAUGGUACAGCACCGACGAUUUACUGAUCAACUGAAGGAUCCACAAUCAGAUGGUGGAGUAGCAGUUUUGGAUGAGACUUGUACAGCGCUUGAGUUUGGGCUGCCUCCUUCUGCUAGUUGGGAAUUGGGAAGUUGUGCUCUUUCCUGCCAUGAAGCCUCUGUUCGAGCCAUCUACUGA